AAAAAUGGAACAAUAAAAAAGCUGUUAAAUGUCAAACGGUCAAAAAAUAAUUAUAUUAUUGUGAGUUGUAAAUUGUAAUUCAAGAAGUGGCGCAGAUACCUGAAUCCUGAUGUCUUCGAUAGAUUUUGAUCCAUCAAUAAAAUUAUGUUUGAAGUAUUUACAUUCAAGCGCACCGGACUCCACGGAGCAAUUGCGUUUAACUCUUGACGACAUGAUAAGGCAGACGUAUGGGAACUCGAAGACACUUGGCAAUGUUUUGCCGAAGAAAUACUUGAAUGAAGAGAAGAUGGAGUCACCGUCGCGCUCCAAACACAAGAACGAGAAGAGUUCAAGUAGUGCAAAAACAGUAGCUAUUCCUCAGCAAAGUCCUCAACAAAUACAGAUUCCUGAGAGAGAGAACGAUGAUGGAUCUGUUAUGGACGGAGAACUUGAAUUUGAUUUCUUGCAGGAAGAUUUAACAUGUGUUGUUUGCAGGCAAAUAGCAGUGCAGGCAGGGAACCGUUUGGUGGAAUGUGAUGCUUGUCAUGCACUGUAUCACCAGGAUUGUCACAAACCAGUCAUUAGCGAUAAUGAUAUGGCAUCUGGCUGGCAAUGUGCCUCAUGUCUCUCAUCCCAGGGAUUUGCUCAGGGGUAUUCAAGUAAAUCAUCAGCAUCAAAGUCACCUUCUCAACUUUCGGGAUCAACUACACCUGUUAAAAUAUCUUCAAGCAGUUCUUCGUCUUCGUCACCUUCAAAAGUUGUGACCCCAAACAUCAAUAUAAUAUCAGCUGAUAAGAGAAUACAGUUCAUGAAAAAGAAAGCAGCGAAACAACAUGAGAAGAAGAAAAGCAAAUAAUAUUUUAAAAUAUUAUACUUAC